GGAGCACCGAAGAGUGAUCACAAUUAAUGAUCAACAAUUAGACAGAAAAACUAAACCCAACAUUCCUACUAUUAAAACAUUGCUGGUGAUUUAGUUACAGAAACCUCAUUAUAUCUAAUAAUUACAUGGCAUGGGUGGCAUUACUGCCUCACACCUCCAGGGUCCUGGGUUCGAUCCUGAGCUCAGUUUACUAUCUGGGUGGCAUCACAUGUUCUCCUCACAUCUGUGUGGGAUUAACAAUAUACAGAUGGACACGUUGGCACAAUGCUGAAUUGCCCCUAGGUGUGCAGAAAAGGACAUUUCUCAUUUGCUGGCACGCUGUGUACUUGGACACACCGAAUCACAUGGCUGUGGGAUUUAUCGCUCUUCUGACUUUGGCAUGGACCAUCAGUGUUGGUGCGACAUCGCAGAAUGAAACUGCAGGUCUGGACUUGUGCGUGGACCAUGGAGUAAUGUUUGAGCGUGUGUUUGCAGUCCCACAUGAGGCAGCGUUAUUAGACUGUGAAUUGGUGAAGGAGUAUUUUUUGGAUUCUUUAAACAUCAUUUAUAAAGUGACGUGGUACGACCAGAGGACUGGCCUGGAGCUCACAGGAGAGGAGAACCAUAUUGUACUACGGGGGGCUUUCCUGUUGUUCCUCAACAUCAGCAUGGAACACCAGGGCCACUACUUAUGUAUUGUCAGGUUGGACUACAAAACUCUCAACACACCUACAGUACACAGUCUUUCACAAGGAACUCCAGAGCAGUGCUACAAGCAGGAGAAGGCUCUUCUGGUGGAAGAGGUGGUGUCUGGAGCAUGUCGCCGACCUCAGGUAGCACUGCAGCGAAUGCAGGGUCACAUGAACGACAACCUGAGGUGUCCUUUAAGCGAUUAUACCAACAUAGUGGACAGCUACUCCAUACACUGGUACAAGGGCUGUGAGCUUCUUCAGGAAGGGUCCAGGUUUCUCUUCUCCGAGAACGACCUCAUGCUCCAUGUCCACAAAGUUUCUCCAAAUGAUGCUGGGUUUUAUACCUGCAGGAUGACCUUUAACCUGACUGGAGUCAUCAGUGUCGUCUCAGAGACCAUCGAGUGUGACAUAACAGAGACGAGAUCAAAAAUACCUCAAAUGCUGGAGCCCACUGAAGACACCAUGAAAGUAUCACCAGGUUCUCCGAUUAACAGGACAUGUCGUGUGUUUUUACCUGGCAAAGGAGUUCAUAUGAUGGUGGUAGUCUGGGAGUUCAAGAACAAUUACGUCUCCCCAAACACCUCCGAACGCAUCCACCAGGGACUUCAAACGGAGCGCCAGGUGGCUGAAGGUUGGUGGGUAGAGCGCAGCUUGUUCUUGUCUUGGGUAAUGCCAGAUGAUUUUAACCUGAACUUCACCUGCAUGGCCUUAAGCCACCGAGGAACUGCCUCUGGCUACUUUACACUCCAGCCUGCAGAUCCUAAUCUGCUCCUGCCGAUUGGACUCCUGGCCACUACAUUGGCUCUUCUUUUCAUCAUAGGACUUCUCCUGUACACAGAGUUUAAGGUGGAGCUUGCUCUGCUCUUCCGGACCCUGUUUCCUUUCUUUUAUGCAAGCACAGAUGGUGAUGGGAAACUGUAUGAUGCCUAUGUGGCGUAUCCCCGAGUUCAAGGCGACUCGCUGAGUGAAGCUGUUGAGGUUUUUGCUGUGAAAACGCUGCCACAGGUUCUGGAGGGACGCUAUGGGUACCGGCUUUUCAUCUUGGGUCGGGACUGUCUACCUGGACAAGCUAUGGCAGACGUGGUGGAGGAGACGAUGAAUGUCUGUCGUCGACUGUUGCUGCUAUACACCAGCUCAUCUCUAGGCAGGGCAGAGGGUUCGUCAUGGUUCGAGCAGCAGGCAGGCCUCCAUCGUGCCUUACUGGAUGACUCAAUCUCUGUGAUGCUGCUGGAGAUGGAGCAGCUCAGCGAUCCCUCCAUCCUCCCCGAGUCACUGCGUCUCCUGCGGGAUAAGCAGGGGGCUCUAAAGGCCUGGAAGAAGAGGAGGAGGUGGAGUUGCACAAGGAUGGAGGGAGAUGGAGAAGAGGAUGAGAUAUCUCUCUCUUCGUUUGCUUUGUCUGCUCGCUUCUGGAGGAAAGUGCGCUACCACAUGCCCGUGAGAGGCAAAGCCAAGUGUCACUCAAAGAGAAAAUUGCUCUUGUGAUUUGGGACUUGACUCGUGAAUGGUUGGCAUUAAGUUUCUCAAACGAGAAACAGAGCUCAGGUAGGAGUGUGGUUAAAGCGUGCACACGAAGGAUGGAGUGCUCACAGAACGUCAAUGCACUCUGACUGCUCUAACUGAAGGAACAGUGAGACCACUCGCGAAUAAAAUUUGCCUGAUUAAAAAGCCUUAUGUGGGAAAGGAUGCAAGAGCACAGAGAAAGGAUGCAAGAGCCCAGAGCACCACGUAAAGCCUUAUGUGGGAAAGGAUGCAAGAGCUUUAUCUCUGGGUACAUCUGUAACCACACAUUCUGGUGAACCUUGGAAGCACAAUAAGUGGCUAGGCUGAGGUUUCUUAUUGAAAUCAAUCUAGCAGGCAAGAAAUAAAUAAAACAAACAAACCAAAAUAUCCAAACUGCUAAUUAUUAAUUAAGACAAUCACACCAGACUCAUAUUUUUAUGUCACUUGUCGAUCACAUUUGCAAAAAUCCAAAUUAGCUUGCUAGCUGAGGUUUUUUGCUCCAUUCUGGUGAGGAAAAUAAGACUGGCAGAAGUCUGGUGUGAUUCCUUGAGGGUUACGCUGCCAAUGAAAAAGUUCUGUUAGCAGUAUUUGUUGGAUGAACUCUGUAUAUGAUCGUGUAGAUUUGUGCCACUGGCAGCCUGACACAAGGUUUUUCCACUGAAGCAUUUCACUAAUUUUAAGUGAAUCUUUAAAGAGUCAUCAGAAGUAACUGUGUAUAUUAUUGUGUAAAUAUUCUCAGGGAGGUGUGAAAAACUGAUGGAGUCAAAAAAGAUACACACACACACACACACACACACACACAUAAAGAACACACACAUAUACAGGUGAAACUCGAAAAAUUAGAAUAUCGUACAAAAGUUCAUUUAUUUCAGUAAUGCGACUUAAAAGGUGAAACUAAUAUAUGAGAUAGACUCAUUACAUGCAAAGCAAGAUAGUUCAAGCCGUGAUUUGUCAUAAAUGAGAUGAUUAUGGCUUAAGCUCAUGAAAACCCCAAAUCCACAAUCUCAGAAAAUUAGAAUAUUGUGAAAAGGUGCAAUAUUCUAGGCUCAAAGUAUCCCACUCUAAUCAGCUAAUUAAGCCAUAACACCUGCAAAGGGUUCCUGAGCCUUUAAAUGGUCUCUCAGUCUGGUUCAGUAGGAAUCACAAUCACGGGAAAGACUGCUGACCUGACAGUUGUGCAGAAAACCAUCAUUGACACCCUCCAUAAGGAGGGAAAGCCUCAAAAGGUAAUUGCAAAACAAGUUGGAUGUUCCCAAAGUGCUGUAUCAAAGCACAUUAAUAGAAAAUUAUGUGGAAGGGAAAAGUGUGGAAGAAAAAGGUGCACAAGCAGCAGGGAUGACCGCAGCCUGGAGAGGAUUGUCAGGAAAAGGCCAUUCAAAAGUGUUGGGGACUUUCACAAGGAGUGGACUGAGGCUGGAGUCAGUGCAUCAAGAGCCACCACACACAGACGGAUCCUGGACAUGGGCUUCAAAUGUCGUAUUCCUGAACAACAAACAAGAAAAAAAGAACUGGUCUGUUGCUCAGUGGUCCAAAGUCCUCUUUUCUGAUGAGAGCAAGUUUUGCAUCUCAUUUGGAAACCAAGGACCCAGAGUCUGGAGGAAGAAUGGAGAGGCACACACUGCAAGUUGCUUGAAGUCCAGUGUGAAGUUUCCACAGUCUGUGUUGAUUUGGGGAGCCAUGUCAUCUGCUGGUGUUGGUCCACUGUGCUUCAUUAAGUCCAGGGUCAACGCAGCCGUCUGCCAGGAGAUUUUGGAGCACUUCAUGCUUCCUUCCGCAGACGAGCUUUAUGGGGAUGCUGACUUCAUUUUCCAGCAGGACUUGGCACCUGCCCACACUGCCAAAAGCACCAAAACCAAUCAAUGACCGUGGGAUUACUGUGCUUGAUUGGCCAGCAAACUCGCCCGACCUGAACCCCAUAGAGAAUCUAUAGGGCAUUGCCAAGAGAAAGAUGAGAGACAUGAGACCGAACAAUGCAGAAGAGCUGAAGGCCACUAUUCAAGCAUCCUGGUCUUCCAUAACACCUGAGCAGUGCCACAGGCUGAUAGCUUCCAUGCCACAGAGGUACGAUAUUGUUCUAUGUACAAUCCUUGUUUUAUUGAUUGCAUGUAAUAUUCUAAUUUUCUGAGAUUGUAGUUUUGGGGUUUUCAUGAGCUGUAAGCCAUAAUCAUCUCAAUUAUGACAAAUCACGGCUUGAACUGUCUUGCUUUGCAUGUAAUGAGUCUAUCUCAUAUAUUAGUUUCACCUUUUCAGUUGCAUUACUGAAAUAACUGAACUUUUGCACGAUAUUCUAAUUUUUCGAGUUUCACCUGUACAGUACAUAGAAUUAAAUGGUCAUGUGCAUAAGUGGAUGGAAAUUCCACAACAAUCCACAUCAGAAGCUGUGAUAUUUUGUAAAGUUUGGUACAUGCUGUUUGCUGCGUUCUGUGAAAAGGGUACUUAGAGACCUCAUCUAGUAUCAGAUGAGGUUUGGACAAACAUGUCCUGAUGUCCAUAUGAAAGUGCACAGGGCAUUUUAUACUUUCCAAACAGGAGAUGAAGUAGCUUUUAAUCUACAUAUAACGUCUAUGUAAAUUGUGUCACUGGUGCUUUUCAUGCAUUUUUAUUUAGAUAAAGACUAGCAGCACAUUAUACUAAAGACAACCUAAUUAAGAUCAGUCUACACAAUAUUACCAAGUACGCACAAAUUGUAGACUGUAAAAAAUGUAAAGCAAAAAUGAUCAGGCCAGUAAAAAUGACUGAAAAUGCUUUUAAAUGAUAAAGCAGUAGGAGGAAGGCAUCAGGUACAAAUGUCAAAAAACAAAACGGGAAAUUUAAAACAUUCUCUAAAGCAGAAUUUAUCAUUUCAUUUUACUGUCUUAUUUGGACAGGUGAUUGAAUUACUGCUUUAUGUAUAUAUUAUUCAAUUACAUAUUUGUUUAUAGUAAUAUAGAAGGUGAAAUAAGUGAUAGUGUUCUAUGAUUUAGUCAAUGGGCUUUAAGAGUGUGCUCAUAGCACCUUUUUAAAAAACAGCUAUAGGGUUACUGGGUGUGCUUAAUAUCCGACAGAAUGAGGCAGCUCUUUUUUUUUUUUCUUUUAAAAGAGAGCUCAUCUAAACUGUGGAUUAAUAAAGAAAAUAGCUUUUGUUAAUUUACGCCAGAUUGCUGUGCUGUACUAAUACACUGCUAGUAGCACUACUUUAAAAAAAGAAAAAAACUUUGUAAUAGUGUACUACUAUAACUCUUUGACUCAGAGAAUGAGAACAUAUUCGGUAUAAGUUUAAAGUUUUCAUGUCACACUUUGCUAAAUAUACUCUGGUUUUUUUUUUUUAUUGUUGUUAUUGUUUUUUAUUUGCAGCACUAUUGUAUAUUAAAAAUGUGUACUGCAUUUAUGUUGGUUUUA